AUGGCUCCUUCUAUUCACUCGAAUGGCAUAAAUCAAUGGAGCUGGCAUCUUCGCACAACUGCUUUGAUCUUAGUUUUGGGUUUCCUCUCUCUCGCUACCGCUGAUUCCGUUAUAAUCGAUACUCCUACUACCAUUCAUAAGCCUGGAAUGUGUGCGAUGUAUGGUCAAUGUGGGGCCGAGUCAACGUUCGGCAUUCCAUUGGCAUGUCCCGCAAAUGUUAAAGCUGUGCUGAAUAUGGAUGACCACUUCCAGAGUUUGGUCGCAAAGACAUGUGGAGAAUCAUAUCGCAAUCAACCAUUGUGUUGUGAUGCAAACCAAGUCCAAACUCAGCUCGACAGUAUGAAGAUUGCGUAUAAUCUCGUGUCGGCUUGCCCGGCUUGCUGGGAAAACUUUAGACGCUUCUUUUGUGACUUUACAUGCUCACAAAACCAGUCCACCUUUGUCAAUGUUACCGGAACAAAGGUCUCUCCUAGGACGAAUAAAACCAUAGUCGCGGAGGUAUCAUUGUAUGUAUCGCCUGACUUUGGGACGGGAUUCUAUGAUUCGUGUAAAGACGUCAAGUUUCCUGCCGACAAUAGCUUUGUCAUGAGACUGCUCGGUGGAGGAGCCACAAAUUAUUUAGGAUUCUUGCAAUUCAUGGGAAAGAAACAGACUGGAGGCUCUCCCUUCCAAAUCAACUUCCCCAACGUAACUACAUCGCUACCGUCAUCCAUGUCGACAUUAAACCGAGUCCCAGUACCGUGUACAGACCCAGAGUACAAGUGCUCAUGUGUAGAUUGUGAAAAGUCAUGUCUCGUAUUACCAGAACUACCUCAUCCAGCACACUGUAAAGUAGGGCCCUUUGAUUGCAUACCAUUCGGAUUCAUGAUGGCAUACGGUGCUGUUUUGAUAUCUGUAAUAGUCGGCUAUUAUAUAUUAAAUCAACGAUCAAAGCAGAAAGCCAUGCCCAAGAACACACCAUUAUUAGCCUCUAACGAAGAUGAGGAUGCCAAUACCACCAUAUCCGUAUCGCAGUCUACUCUUGUCCCGGAUACCCUGACUGCUCAACUCGGGCCCGAAUUCACAAUGAAAGAAUCCUUUAUAAAUACUAGCCUGCAAAAUUGGUUCUUUUAUCAAGGUAGAUGGUGUGCUUCAAACCCGUGGUGGACUGUCUCCGUCUGUAUAGUGCUAGUCUUGACAGCUUCGACAGGUUGGAGGUAUUUCGAUGUUGAGACCAAUCCUGUCAGACUGUGGGUUGGACCGACCUCAGAGACUGCUAGUCAAAAGACUUACUUUGACGAGAACUUUGGUCCGUUCUAUCGUACCCAACAACUCAUAUUCACCAGCACCGAUGGUGAAUCUAUAAUAACAAAAUCAAACAUUCGUAAAUUAUUCGUCAUCCAGGACACCAUUGCCCAAAUUAAAACCGAUAAUGCAUCUUUAGAAGAUUUGUGCUUUAGGCCUUUAGAUUCAUGUAUGAUACAGUCAGUCACAGGGUACUGGCAAGAUGAUCUCCGCCUCUUCGAUGGUAGUAAUUUUGAGAGUGAAUUCAAGAGAUGCACCGAGACUCCAACAUCAUGUUUACCCAAAUUUGGUCAGCCACUCAAACCAGAUUUGAUAUUUGGAGGCUUUGAAGAUGAAAAGUCUUCAUCGUCACGGGCAUUAAUUGUCACAUAUGUAAUGAAGAAUUCGCUGGAUGAGCGAACUAUACGAAUCGCUGAAGGUUGGGAGACGUCAUUGAUUGACUAUCUAAAGACUCUGCAAAGGAGUGAUUUGGGAACCAUGGAAUUGAGCUUCUCGACUGAGAUAUCAAUUGAAAAGGAAUUAAAUCGCGAAACCUCAGCCAAUGCUGUUACAAUCGCUAUAAGUUAUUGCGCCAUGUUUAUAUACGCCUCUCUGACACUAGGACGAUGGUCUAAUUUGUCACGAGCAUGGAUUGACUCCAAAUUCACACUCGGAAUGCUUGGUAUUAUGAUAGUAUUGGCGUCUGUAUCAGCAGCUGUUGGUGUCUUCUCAUACUUAGGUUUCAAAAUCACUCUCAUCAUCGCCGAAGUUGUACCCUUUCUGGUCCUAGCCGUUGGGGUCGACAAUAUAUUCAUACUGAUCCAUGCAUUUGAACGAACUGAUCCUGAUUUGGCCGUGGAGGAUCGGGCUGGCAUUGCGUUGGGACAAGUUGGGCCUAGUGUAAUGCUGUCGUCUUUAUCAGAGACUAUUGCUUUUGGGUUAGGUGCUGCUGUUACCAUGCCGGCUGUCCGUGUCUUUAGUAUGUACGCUGCAUUGGCUGUCUUUGUUGACUUCUUGCUUCAAGUGACUGCAUUUGUGGCGCUGAUGGCUCUGGAUGCAAAGCGGAUGGAGAGUAAUCGUGUUGAUUGCUUCCCUUGUAUAAGGAUGCCCACACCACAGACACCACAACCAACUGAAUCAUUCUUGCAAAUGCUCAUGGCAAAAUACUAUUCUCCCUUCCUUCUACACCCUGUAACAAAGCUCCUAGUAGUCUUGGCAUUCUUUGGAUCGUUUUUAAUAUUUUUAUCAGCAGCUCUCCGCGUAGAAUUGGGUCUAGACCAACGUAUCGCUCUACCUCGUGAUUCAUAUCUUAUAAAUUAUUUCGACAAUUUAGAAUCCUACUUUAGAGUAGGACCCCCUGUAUAUUUUGUAGCUCGAGGUGUCGAUGUGACGACUAGAGAAGGACAGCAAUCAGUUUGUGGGCGCUUCUCGGGAUGCGCUGAAUAUUCCCUGUCGAAUAUCCUCGAGCAAGAACGAAAACGACCUGAAGUAUCGUAUCUUGCCGAACCCACAGCAGUAUGGCUUGACGACUUCCUCUUAUGGCUAAAUCCAGUAUCGGAAUUAUGUUGUCGUCUUAAACCAUCAUCAAAGACACCCAAUAAUCCCUUCCAAGUAUGUGCACCAGAAGACGAUGAAGAUGAAUGUAAAGUUUGUUGGGCGGACAAGAAAUGGAGUACAUCGAUGGAAGGAUUUCCGGAAGGUGCUGAAUUUAUGGAGUAUUUGAAUUAUUUCUUGGUCGCAGAGCCAUCAGAGUAUUGUCCACUGUCUGGUGCGGCAGCUUAUCAGACGGCACUCGUGCUUGAUCCAGUACAUAAUAAAGUGAAUGGAUCUCAUUUCCGUACAUAUCACACAGUAUUAAAGACUCAGGGUGAUUUCAUCAACGCUCUCAAGUCUGCCAAGCGUAUAGCAGCCGAUAUAUCAAAACGAACUGGAUUGGAUGUCUUCCCAUACUCCAUCUUUUACGUCUUUUUUGAACAGUAUGACGAUAUAGUCAGGCUGGCAAUCACAGUAGUAGCGACAGCAGUAGUAGCAGUCAUGAUUGUCACAGCCAUCUUGCUAUCAUUAUGGAGUGCACUCUUUGUUGGAGUAUUGUGUGCAGUGAUUGUAGUUGAUCUAGUUGGUAUAAUGGGCAUCUGGGGUAUAUCAUUGAAUGCCUUGUCGACAGUUAACCUUGUUAUUGCUGUGGGUAUAUCAGUAGAGUUUUUGAGCCAUGUUAUGAGAGCUUUCAUGGUUUCAAAGGGAACCAGGAAUGAGCGUGCUUUCAAAGCUUUGGUGGAGAUGGGUAGCUCGGUGUUUUCCGGAAUAACAUUGACGAAAUUUGUGGGCGUCUCGGUCCUAGCAUUCGCACCCUCAAAGAUCUUUGUAGUGUACUACUUCAGAAUGUAUCUCGCCAUUGUGUUGCUUGGAGCAGCUCAUGGAUUAGCUGUCCUGCCUGUAUUGCUAUCCUGGUUUGGAGAAUCGACUGUCAUGGAGCAGAGUUCUGUCUUCCUAGACGGUGUCAAGGGUAAAGGACCAGCUAGACACGGAACUCAUCGUAGUAGAACAAGUACAACUAGAGAUAUGGAUGAUGAGGAGAGGGUAUUGUUAAUGGAUAGUGGCGAUGAUAGAAUUGACAGUCCUGAACGCCAGUCAUAUGGCGCUGUGUCUGAUCUGUAG